AUGCCUGGCGUGGAACUUGCUCUUGCUGUCAUUGCAACGGCGGACCUGUGCUGCAAAUAUGGCAAAAUCCUAGUCGAACAGUGUGCCACAUUCAGAGGUGCAGCAAAUGAAAUCGACGAGCGAGUCCUGUGCGUAGAUAUUCUCUGGAAAAGAACAAUUAUGCAGUUGGACUUUCUCCGUAGAGUGUGUGCGACAUUGGAUGAGGAGCAUCAGGACAUACAAAAUCGAAUACUUCAGGUGCUAGUGAGUAAACUGCAAGCAGCAAAUUUUCAAUUGGACCGAAUUAUAAGGAAAAAGAACGGAAAAGAUGCUGGAAAUACGAACUUGGUUGAACUAAAAAGAUUCAAAUAUGUCUUGAUUAAAGAAUGCCUGGAUCAUGCUAUCAAGGAUUUGGAAGAGUGGCAAAAGAAAUUUGACCCAUCCUGGUUCCUGAUAAUGAAAGUGGCGAGCCCGGUCAUUGAUCAGGAACUAGAUAAAGAUAAAACCGAAGUUGCUUCUAUGUCCACGGCCAAAGGGCUGAGAGAUUCCUUGAAAGACGAACCCCAGAUCAAGACUUCCAUAUUCCUCCCUAAUGACGGCCUUAUCUCUGCAAGUCGGCGUCGAAUACCUUUCUCUACAGCGCACACCAUAGAGAAAACCAACUCCAUUAAAUGGUUCAUACUGGACUCAAUUCCCUGCGAUCCCGAGGUCAAUCCCUCUAUCCUAACGAAAUACGUUCGUGACAUGGCAAGAAAACUGUCCCACGCAGACCCAUUCACUUUCAGCCUACUCAAUUGUCGCGGGGUUAUAAAAGUGCUGGAUUCCGCCAAGAAAAGGGUCACUUCGUUUGAUUUUGUAUUUAGAGUCCCCGAAGGUAUGGAGAACCCCAGAAGUCUUCGCAAUAUCCUCAUCUCCGCCGACGGCAGUGUAUCACUCAGCGACCGCUUCAAGCUUGCACAACAAUUAGCCACAUCCGUGAGCUAUGUCCACACCUACGGCUUCGUUCACAAAGGAAUCCGUCCCGAAACCCUCUUGAUAUUUCAAACCCAGAAAUCCCUGCUGGGAGCGUCUUUCCUUUUAGGAUUUGAGAAGUUUCGUUUAGUAGACGGCAGGACUAUUCGGUGCGGGGACUGCAUCUGGGAAAAGGACCUUUAUCGGCACCCUCACCGCCAGGGGCUGAACCCCGAAGAGGACUACAUCAUGCAGCAUGACAUUUAUAGCCUUGGAGUUUGCUUGCUUGAAAUCGGACUUUGGGAAUCCUUUGUCCUCUAUCACGAUGACGAUGGCGACCCAUCACCAUCUACGGUCCUUAGCAUUUUAAAUGAUGCGGAGAAUGACAAGAUCAACAAGGCAUAUCUGGUUAAACAUGCUCUUGUUGACCUCGCCAAACAACGGUUGCCUAGUCGAAUGGGGGAUAAAUAUACUGACAUUGUGGUCGCAUGUUUGACCUGCCUUGAUGAAAGUAAUACCGACUUUGGCCAUAUCAAUGAAAUGGAGGAUGCAGAUGGCGUCCUAAUAGGGGUCAGAUUUAUCGAGAAGAUCUUGCUCCAGCUUGACAGAAUAUCGAUCUAA